AUGAGACUGCUUGGAUUGCUCCUCCUGCCUGUCUUCAAUGUGGCCGUGAAAUUUCAAGCGAGUCCUGUGACUCGAGUCACGCGAUUACUGGAGCAGCUGAAGGACAGGGUGGUCAAGCAGGGAGAGGAUGAGGAGAAGCUCUGGGAAAAGAUGCAGUGCCACUGCAAGAAGACUCUGAAAGACUUGGAGGGCGGGAUCAGUCAGGAACAGUCCAGGCUCCCGGUCCUCCAGAGCGACCUGACGCAGAUGACGUCCCAGAAAGCACAGCUCGAAGCAGAGAAGGAGCAGGCCUCUGUGGACAAGUCCGAGGCACUGGCGGCCCUGAAGGGCGCCAGGUCGCUGAGGCAGAAAGACUCCAAGGACUAUGUCGCCUUGAAGGCCGAAGCCGAGAAAAGCCUUGUA